AUGUCCAUACCUGGCCUAUUAUUCCUACUAGCGUCAUACCUACCGAUCAUUGUCGAGUCGGCAAUAAGCUUGGACUUUGAUGUCUUGACACAUGAGAUGGAGCCAAGAUUUGACAAACGAGAUACACUAAACACAGCCAUAAAGUUACAAAAAAAUGUUUAUUUGACAAACUUGACUAUUGGAUCCUCCAAGGAUGAGGUUGUUGUAUCAAUAGACACUGGAUCUUCUGAGUUGUGGGUAAUGUCUCAAAACGUGCAAUGUGCAACUGUUGAUCAGUUACAUGCGGAAAAUGCACCCAAUAUACCGAAUAUUUUUAACGACUUGGAUGAAGAGUAUUCUUGUAAGGCCAAUGGUACAUUCGAUUAUGAAAACUCGACAACUUACAAAUACAUAAAUGAUGAUUUUAGUAUUGCAUUUGCUGACGGGUCAGCUGCUAUUGGUCAAUACGGACGUGAUGACGUAAGUGUGGGGAAUGUCACAAUAGAAGGAUUGAAAUUUGGUGUUGCUACUGCGUCAAGUAUUGAUUUUGGGAUUUUGGGUAUCAAACACAAUGAGAGGUAUGAUAAUUUCAUUUCGUUAUUGAAGAAACAAGGGUAUAUUGAUACUGCUCAAUAUUCAAUCUACUUGAAUGAUCAAAAAGGUACAAUACUAUUUGGGGGUGUGGAUAAUAACAAGUAUCAAGGUGAGUUGGCAACUACUCAUAUGGAGAAUAGUGGAAUACACAUCAAAGAUGUAUCGCUUAGUGGGGACAAAACCACUUCAAUCCAAUCUCAGUUACAAUAUGUGAUAUUUGACACAGGAUCCACCUUCUCAACGUUACCACUGGACUGGAUUAAAGUUAUUGGAGAAUCAAUAAAUGGAACUUACAACAACGACGAACAGGCAUACGAGGUGCCGUGUGAAUCAACAAAUGAAGUGUUUUUCAAUUUCAAAGUUGGCAACACCACUUUAAAUGUGUCGGUAUCCGACUUGAUCAUCAAUAAUGAAAGAACAAAUGGCAAAUGUUACCUUGGUGUGAUGGAUGAGUCACUAAUAGGAGGUACGAUAUUUGGUUCAGAUAUUUUGAAACAUUUCUAUGUCGUAUUCAACUUGGAUGACGAUAAGUUAUCCAUUGCGCCAGUAUCAACGUCUGAUGAUGCCUCUGAUACAGAGUCUAGUUCUAGUGAGAAUAGGUUUUCGAAUCGAUCAGAAGCAAGUACCAACAACAUACGAACGAUGUUGUACGCCUAUUGCAUGAGUUUGAUACCAUUGUCUAUAUACGUAUUUGUUUUAUAUUAA